AGAGUCGUUCUCUGAUUUAGUUCCCUCCCACGGGUCGCUCCGAGCAGAACUCAGUAGAUGCACUCCGCAAUACCGAGAUGGUUCACGUGUUAAUACUGGUGGUGUUGGUGGCGGCAGUUGGUGCAACCAGGGAAAUAGAAUUCAAGAAGUGUAAAUCAACUUCGGGCAAACAUUCAGAAAACUUGACCUGCAAAGUCAAAUCAGUGGAGAUUAACGGAUGUUUAAGUCCAACUCCAUGGGUCGAAGAGGAUGGCAACAUUGUCGAAUAUAGGAAGGGUAGCGAGAAGAAUCCGUGCAGGAUCGAGUGGGACUCAGUGCUUCGAUUCAAAAUAGCGUUUCAACCAGGGUUCGCCGCCAACUUCCUCCGAUCUCAGUUUGUUAUACCGGACCUGACCAACUGCUCCACCCCUAUCACAGAGCUGCACUCUACCCUCUGUUCACUCUCGGGUCCGCCGAGGUCUGGUUGUCUCCACACCAAGUGUCCUCUAGAGCCGGGACGUGAACAGUGGUUUGACGUCAACCAGCGGAUACCCAUCCACUUCCUCAGCCGCCCCUUCAAUUCCAGGAAAAUAUACGAGUUGAGGUGGACUCUAUGGAACAAGAAGAACAAAGAACAAAAAUGUUGCUUUACCAUCCCUGUCCAGUAUUAGACACCUUCGCUUGCGUUGAUGGGGCAAAGCGAACAUUGCAGUAGUGUUAUAUGGAACAAUAAGGCAGAGAGACUUAUGAGAUGCGAAUAAAUACGCCUACGUUAAACCCAUGUUGAAUAUAUGUAGUAUAUUUUAA